AUGGUUAACUUCCAGACCUUGGGCGCCACUGUGCUCUCCCUUCUCGCGGCCUCCACGGUCGUCGCCCACCCCGGCCAUGACCACAAGGCUGAGGCCAUGGAGCGCGCCGCCUACUUCUCCAAGGCCGAGAGGCGCUCUCUCGAGCACUGCUCGGAGAAGCUCAAGGCCCGCGGCACCGAGGAGAAGAUGAUUGCCCGCCGCCACGCCAUGCAUCAGCAGCUGCGCAAGCGCACGCUGGUCCAGCGUGACCUCGACACCGUCCUCAACACGACGCACCACUCGGAGCAGGAGGGCAUCACGCCCAACGUCGACCCCAGCGUCCUCUUCUCCGGCAACAGCUCUUGCAUCCUCGCCCCCGAGGCCACCCAGGGCCCCUACUACGUCACGGGCGAGUACUUCCGUCAGAACAUCACCGAGACGCAGUUGGGCGUGCCCCUCUACCUCGACAUCCAGGUCAUCGACACCAACACCUGCGAGCCCCUCCCCCAGGUCGCCAUGGACUUCUGGCACUGCAACGCCACCGGCGUCUACUCGGGCAUCAACGCCAACGGUAACGGCGACUCUUCCGACACCGCGAACCUCGACAGGACGUUCCUGCGCGGCAUCCAAGCUACCGACGACGACGGUGUCCUGCAGUUCAUCUCCAUCGUUCCUGGCCACUACGUCUCCCGUGCCAACCACAUCCACAUCGUCGCCCACAGCAAGGGCACCUGGUCGCACCUCCCCAACGGCACCAUCACCGGCGGCACCACCGCCGCCCACGUCGGCCAGCUCUUCUUCGACCAGGACCUGCUCGAAGAGGUUGAGCAGUUCGAGCCCUACAGCACCAACACCCAGGACUGGACCAAGAACUCCGAGGACUCGAUCCUCUCCGGUGAGGCCGACACCAUCGACCCCGUCGUCGAGUACGUCCUGCUCGGCGACUCGGUCGCUGACGGCAUCUUCUCCUGGAUCUCCGUCGGCAUUGACAGCACCGCCAACCAAACCGUCACCCCCGCUGCCAUCUACGCCUCUGGCGGUGGCUACACCAACCCUGACAGCCCCAGCAUGGGCGGCGGCGACGCUCCUGAUGCCGCUGGCACGCCUCCUGCUAAGAACUAA